AUGUCCUCAGCGUCCGAGGCAAUAGCUUGUCAGCCACAGCUGUUUUCGACUUUGGUCUUUCUGGAUACGGAAACCACUGGACUUCCAGAUGGAGUCUCAAGUCCUCGAAUAACGGAAAUAUGCUUGUUAGCUGUUAGCCGUUUCGCUUUGGAAGACGACGCCACUUUACCAAGAGUACAAAACAAACUUGUUUUGUGUUUUCAUCCCAUGUCCAUCAUUGGUGCUCAGGCUUCCGCUAUCUCUGGAUUAACCCACGAAAACUUAUAUCACCAGAAGGAUUUUGAUUUGAAAGCUAUCGAACAGAUUCAGUUGUUUCUCCAUCGUCUUGACCCCCCGAUCUGCAUCAUUGCACAGAAUGGCUUCAAAUUCGAUUUUCCUAUAAUUAAAAGCGAAAUCUUCCGCAUUAAAAAGGAAAGUUACAAUUUUGUAGAUUGCAAAGGAAAUGCAGUAGUUUGUUCUGAUUCCUUACUUUUAUUUAAAGCACUUUCAAACAAGAUAAACGACUCUGGUGUUGGUAUUUCAAUCACCGAUAACUUAGCUGUUUGUGCUGGUCAGCCACUAGCUCAUUCUACGCCCGAAAAGGUGCAAUAUCGGAGUCCUUUUUCCCUUUCGGCUGUUUACGAACGCGUUUUUGGACACCAGCAUGAUGCAGCCCAUUCUGCUGAGGGUGACUGCUUUGCUGUAAUGAGGCUAGUUCAACACUUGGGCAUUCCUGCAUUAUCGUGGUUUGAUUGCAAUUAUUUAAGCUUUAAUGAUAUAAAGACAUUUCAAUUUAUUGAUGGAAAUGCCUCACCUCUUCCAACUGGUCGGUUUCCCUAUGAGGUCGGGUGUGGACCUUAUGAUGAUGCGAUUGAUUUGACCGAUUAG